GGAAAGAGAAACAGAUUCGCCUCCAAAAGGAGCAACUUUUUGGGUGAAUUUCGACCCAACCAACCAAUCCCAACCGGGUGGGUGCGUGAGCCACAGUUGCAAGGAUACAGCAGCAGCGCACAGCAGGUGCUGACAGAGCGGAAAAGCUGGAUUACAAAAUGCUGAUGCAGGUGUCCCCGGAUGCGGCCGAUGCCGCACUGGCGCUGGUGCAGUCGGGCGGUGGCACGGGCACGACGACGUCCUCACAGAGCGCACAGAAGGACACGACCUGGACGAAGCUGUUCGUGGGCGGUCUGCCGUAUCACACCACCGACAAGAGCCUGCGGGAGCACUUCAGCGUGUACGGUGACAUCGAGGAAGCGGUUGUGAUUACCGACCGCACGACGAACAAGAGCCGCGGUUAUGGAUUCGUGAUUAUGGGCGACAGGUUGAGUGCGGAGCGCGCCUGCAAGGAACCGAACCCGAUCAUCGACGGCCGGAAGGCGAACGUUAAUCUCGCGAUACUCGGCGCCAAACCGCGCGGCAACGCGUCUCAAGGAUUUCCCUUCGCCACGACGGGCUUGCGGACGGCGGGAUAUCCGGUGAUACCGGGACAGUACGGAGUGCCACCGUCGUACAUCUACGGAGCACCGUACCUCGGUACGGCGGCCGGUUCGACAGGAGCCGCAGCCGCGACCGCCUCCGGAUUGGUACCGAUCCCUGCCACCCAACUGUCGCACGCAGCCGCCAUCGCUGCCGCCACUAGUCAAUUCUACGAGUAUCAGAAUGCGGUAGCAGCCGCCGCAGCCGCCCCAUAUCCGGGCCAGUACAGUGCAGGAUUUGACGCGUAUCCGUACGCAUCCGGUGCCUCAGCAGCCGGAGCAGCGGCCGCCGCCGCACAGUACAUGGCUGGCCCGUACACGUACGCCACGUUGCCGCAGGCUGGAGCCGCGGCCGCCGCAGCCGCCGCUGCGGCCGGUGCAUUUCCCGGCCUGUCGCCCUACCAGAACGCGACCGGUGCUUCGCUCCAGGAGGCUAGACUGCAAUAAUAUUUACUACCCCAAGCGCUGAUGCUGUCGCUCCUGGACGGUGUCGGUGCCGGCGACGAUAAGCGAUCCUAGACGCGGGAUGUUUUAGGCAGCCAAAACCAGAAUUAGGGCACCAGUAGUAGCAGCAGCAGCGGCAGCAGGGAGAGCGAAAUUGGAGCACGUGAAGGGAUUUCAUUUUAGUUAGCCGGGAUAGUUUUAAAAAUGCCACCGCUCAUGGCGUGGCGUACGUACGUACUAAAUGCAAAUAGUAUCGGUUAAGUAAAACAAAUGCGGCGCAGCGGUAAGGGCGGAAGCCGUUAUCAAUCAAUCAAUUAUUAAUGCCACCUCCCACCCUACCACUAUCACCUGUCCGGAUCAGAGCUCAUGUUAUCGGAAUUCGCACAUAAUCAAGCACACAUACACCCCCACGAUGGUCUGUCUGAGGAUUGUCGGAUAUCUUCACGCAGCUGUAACACCCUGUGAAGGAGGGGUUCGCCGUGAGCGAAAUGCAAGGUUAAAAACUAAAAAGCAAAACAUAGAAAGCAAAAACCCAAACAAAGCAAAAUAUGAAAUUCUACUCUAUUUAUUAUACACUAGUUUUAAAAACGUACCGUAGAAAGCGCGACAGAGGCGCGGUUGUAGCAGGUAGCACGUAACUGGAAGGAGAAAAUAAAUACAUUAUUUACUUAUAUACCUAGGCGGUAAGCAUUGACUAGCGACCGAACCGGAGGCAUCACACAGGCAGAACCAAUAUCUAGUACUUGACGAAAGCUCAAUUCUUGUUGUCCUGCGCGCGUGGGAAGGCGUCGGCAGCUUCACCGAUACUCAUAGUACGUGUAAGGAAGCGGACCCGAUAGACGGCCGGCAGGAUGCUGAAUAUCGGCGUGAUGCGCGCGGUCCAAACCAUCGCAUCGGUCACGUCGAGCGUGCGCGACGGACCUGUGUGGACUGAUUUUUGCAAUAAUUGUUUUUCGCGGUAGUUUGUUGGCGGCGAAGGUGUACGGAGCUGGCAGCAGGUGGCGAACGACUCACCGUCCACCAGGACGACGGUUGAGCUCGCCGUUCAAAGCAAUACCAACGUGUAGCGACGUCUUAGUCCCACCGAGCAGGGCAGUCCAGAGGCACCCGACAGAGGGCAGUAGAAGUAGAUCAUCGAGACCGAGACCGAGAGAUUCACGGGGAGCGAUUUAUCGUAGGUUGCGCGUUUUGGGGCACUCAACGGGCAGCUUUCUUACGGCAGUGCGUCCGCGAGAUUGUGGGCAUCGAAAGGACAUGCGUUAGCUUGAUAAUCAAACCGCCCGACGCUCUCGCGCAAUGGGAAGUCGUCUUUUCCCGCGGGCGAAAGCAGCAGAAGAAUGAAAUUCUAGUCAAAUGAGGUUUUUCGUUUGCCCUGCGGUAGCGGUAUAUUUAUUUUGUUGCCUAGGUUGUGUUAACAAGUGCAUCAUAAUUUGACGCAUCCGCAACCAUUGAGUGUGGAAAAGGAUGCUCGAUCCGUUUUCCGAUCAAAGAGGGUUUUUGUUGUGUCUCUUGUUUUCUUUUUCAAUCCUGCUCACCUGAAGCAUUUCUAACAGGAACCACAAAGUGUUAUUUGGACACUGUUGCACAGGACUCCUCGGAAAAUUAGCGUUCCCUCCCGACCUCUGGUGCCACCCGCGAAUCCGUGACGGAGUGUUUAGUCCCUCACACGAACAGCCGCGACAGUCACAAAAUUGUAACCUCAAAACCGCCGAUGAAAGUUAACCUGUAUACAUGUAGCUGGCGCAGGAUGUCCUGUGGCGUUCGGUAGCUCGAACUAGUAGUAGGUAGCCAGCAGGUGUCGCAAUCCGGACGAAUUUUACCAAUUUUACCGCGUUAAAGAGCGCACGGGGGAACGCAAUUAGAAAGCACACAGCGCGAGAAACGGGCCGAUGGGGGUGAGAAAUUGUGCCUUCGAACAAAGUGACGUUACAUGGAGGAGGAAGACGCAAGCGAUGAACCUGCACAGGAAAUCAGACGGCGCAGCUAACCGAACGCCUUGGCGCUAUUUUAACGUACCGAACCCGUGUGCUGGUGUGUGCGCGUCAGGUGCAACCGAGAGGGAACGAACAGGCACACCACGAUGCCAAAUAGUGGUGCACAUUUGCGUUGCAUCACGCACUCGAACAAUCGGUGACAAUAUCCAUCUGAGCGGGAACACAAUUGAAGGGCAGGCGCGAGGGCCAGAGAUAGUGAAACGGAACUGGAGAAGCGAACAAAAAAAAAUAAUAAUAAAAGAAACACCCAUCCCAGAUAGAGAUUUCAUGCCAGUUUAGCUCUUUACGCAGCACGUACAGCACUUUCACACUCGUUAACAAAGUUUAUAUGAUAGAGCGAAUUGAAGAAGCGCUGGUGGAAGCGCUAGCGACCAGCUGCAGGCCAACCCGCGAGGCAGGAGCGUGAUCCUAGUGAUAACCCAUUAGCCGGCAGGACACGUGGCAAUGGUUGUUUGCGUGUGUGGAUUUAUUCGACGCAUAAGAGAACCCGGUUCUGAUGUGGCCAGACCUGAAUGUUACCAUCUCCGACCGGUGACGGCACGCCGUGGAAAUGGAAACGGUAAAAUCAGCAUAAAACCGGAAAGCUGUAUAAAGGAUACGAAGGGUUGGAUGGCGAUUUUUGUUUUAAAAAGCAAUGACCAAACGAACGAGUUAAGCGCACGUGGGAUGGGGCAGAAAACCAUCAUUUCAUCUACAUUGUAAAAAGAAGAAAGUAAAAUUACGAAGAGCAAAAAACCAAUGGUCGCUAUUACGGGGCAAAGGGGGCGAACGCCGCGUUUCAUUAUUGCAAUCGAGCACGAUCGUUUGGGGCGAAGGGCGCGCGGAUGUAGAUGUUAAGUUUAAAUUAUUUAUACACAGUCAUGGUGGUGUUGGCUUUAUAGGCCGAGCGAAGGUGGUGCACGUUCGUAAACGAAUCUCAUGCAAUUGGUACGGCGAUGAUCCCGUGUUCGUGUCCCUUGCCGGCACGUGACAGUCGGACAGGAUGUAGUUUGUAAGGACCACACGACCAGCAAGGACGAGCUGGCGGGGAAGGAACCAAAAAAAAAACAAUAAACGGCCGGCCACCGUUUCCGUGAUUCGAUCAUUGCUUCGGGACAUCACGUAUCAGCCUGAGGUGGCAAGAGAUCGGUACGGCACGAGACGUUCGCACCGCACAGAAUAUUUGCAAAAACAAAAGCAAACAAACAAACAAACAAAAGGAAAAAGCUGGGGAAAUCAAUUAACGGUUACGGUAAGCAUAUUUUAACGACGAUUAUUAACAACACAUUAAUUCUUAUUACCAAUUGGAACCAAAAACAAAAACGUACACGUACACUUACCCCACCCACACAUUCACACACACACACACGCAUACACUCGUACACCAAACAUAAUUGCAAAAGGAUACGGUGAAAGAAUAAACAGCAAUCGAGGGAGAGAUAGAGCGAAGGUGAAAGAAAUAGGAUUGGUAGAAUGUUUAAGCACUUACCGGCCGGCAAAACGCGCCCCCGGAUAUCAUGGAGAAGACAUCAGCAUACUUAAAUGGGAGGGAAUAUAACAAACGAAAAUGAAGGAUACUUUACAGAUUAGAAG